AUGAGUUGUUGGAACAAAGUAAAGUCCUCCACUUGGGCUUAUCCUACUGCAAUUUUGUGUCUCUAUGGAUUUUUUUGUUCCAGUAGAGUAGCAGAGCCCUUCUUGACACCAUACCUGAUUGGACCUUACAAGAAUAUUUCCGAAGAAGUGGUGACCAAUUAUCUGUUUCCCAUAUGGACAUACUCAUACUUGUGUUUCCUUUUCCCUGUAUUUCUGCUGACCGACUUUUUAAAACACAAGCCUGUCAUUGUAGUUCAAGGACUCUUCCUCGUCUCCAACUAUGUGUUGCUCUGCUUUGUUCCAGGUUUAGCAGCAAUGGUCUUUUUACAGGUUAACUAUGCAGUGGUGACAUCAACAGAAGUGGCUUAUUUUUCAUACAUAUACAGUGUAAUACCCAUUGAGAAUUACCAAAGAGCAACGGGAUACCUGCGUGGUGCUUUGCUGAUUGGAUACACAUUUGGAGCAUCUCUUGGCCAGUUGCUUGUCUCUGUGGCUGGUCUGGAUUACUUCUACCUCAAUGCCAUCACCCUUGGACUAGAAAUAGUGGCUUUUCUCAUCUCUUUAUGUUUGCCAAUGCCCAAGACAAGUUUAUUCUUCAAAGGGGGACAGGCCUCUCCGACAGAGAAAGACAGUGUGAGACACAGGGCUGAGAUUCGGUGGUGUAGCAGAGAAAAUAUAACAAGAGCAGGCCGUUUACUUUUCCAAAGUUUUAAGGAGUGCUACUCUUCAAGUAAGUUAAUCUGCUGGUCACUGUGGUGGGCUUUGGCCACUGCAGGCUACAUUCAGAUUUUCAACUAUGUCCAGUUAAUGUGGAACCACAUUGAGCCAUCAGGAGCAUCAUCGACAUACAACGGUGGUGUUGAGGCUGUCAGCUGUCUUGCAGGUGCAGCAGCUGCUUUCUGUGUGGGUCAUGUUAAGGUGACCUGGGUAGUGUGGGGUGAGCUGACCCUAGGAUUCUUCUCAGCUGCAGGGGCUGGGGCAAUUUUUCUUAUGGCACUGACCAGUAAUAUUUGGGCCUGCUAUGCUGGUUAUGUUCUUUUCAAAUCAUGCUACAUGCUACUCAUUACCAUUGCUGUAUUUCAGAUUGCAUCAAACCUGUCCAUGGAGUGUUACGCCCUGACGUUUGGCAUCAACACAUUUGUGGCCCUGUUGCUACAAACCAUUGUGACUUUUAUAGUUGUGGAUGAAACUGCUUUGGGACUGGACAUAGUCACACAGUUCAUUAUCUAUGGAAGCUACUACGCAGUCAUCUCAGUGCUGUUCCUGAUUCGAGGGAUGCACACAGCCUGCACCUAUCAAAACCAUUCUGAAGAAAACGACUCUAGGAAGGUGACGGUGAUCAACGAAGAGCAGUUUUAA